CUUGUUUCUUGUUCGGUUUUGCUCUGUCGCGGCAACUGUAAAAGUGUAAUGGCGCAGAUGACUAUCAUACAUCUUCAGGCUCUCCGUUUACUCUCUGCGGGAUGACUCGAUCGUCUCUAGAAACAGUUAACCGUGUGCCAACCGAUCGGACUCCACCCGACUCGUUUGCAUGUUUCUCAAUACUGCUCGACUGUUCCGCUUGCACACACACACAACCGGUCAACGACCAGUCAAGAAACGGCUCUUCUCAAGGAUAUUAUGCUCUUCCUGCCGCGAUCGGAAAACUUUGACCACACAAAAAACAAAACAGAACACACAUACACACGCUGGUCAGACGAUCAUCAAAAUCCGUAAAACUUGAACUUGAAUGUACGAUCGUAACGUACAACUCCCCACACCCUGGUGUGUCUCUUGGACGCCGCCUCCCAAUGUACAGUGUGACUCAAUCACCUUGCGUAGGUCUCACCAUGGCGCGAUCAUACAAUAUCAUUCAUGCCGGCCGGGCAACAAAACAUAACGCCUGCCUACCCUUCCACACCUGUUCGAGAAGCAUCGUUUGCAAGUUGUUUGUUUUCGUCGCAGGAAAAACCCUAUCCGAUGUUCCGCAUCCAGGAGGAGGGAUGUGCUGUACCAACACCGAACGGCUCGUGGCCAGAUCAGGCGCAGCAUAAAAACCAUUAUUUGACUAUCGAUUUAAAUCAGUUGUACGGACGCCAUCGGACGGCACACACAUUCGGUUCGGAACGUUUCUAUAGCCCAGCAGUGGCCAUUGUGCUCUCACCACUUAGUGUCACUAAAGUGUCGGUUGUGAAAUAUUGUGACGUGACUAACCGUUGGCCGUUCAGGAUGAAACUGUUCGUAGUGUUGUUUGCCCUGUUGGCGGUUGCCCUUGCAGCACCGGCGGCACAGUUUGGCUUCGGAUAUCCCGGCUUGGGAGGAGCUAAAGCAUAUCGAAAAGCUUUACGCAGAGGCUUAAUUCCAGUAGCGGUUCCGGUUCCGGUAGCGGUAGCACCGAUCGGUGUCGCACCGGUCGCUGUACUAUCGCCAGUUGGAUACGUAGCGCCAGGAUAUCGUCAACGUCCGCAUUAUCAUCGUCAUUAUCCAGAACCCUACUAUGGUGGAUAUCAUGGUGGGCCGGUAGGUGGUGGCGGAUUCUCCGGUAGCCAAGCUAACGCCCAGUCAGCUUCGUUCAACAUCGGACUCGGUGGCAUUUCGGGCUCGUUCAGUAACUCGAACGCCAACUCAUUCGGCGGUGGCCAUGGCGGUGGUUUCGGUGGAUCUGGUGCUCAAGCUUCAGCCCAGUCUGGAUCGUUCGGUGGCGGCCUUGGAGGAUUCGGUGGCUCAGCAUCCAGUGCCCAAGCGUCGGCCAACUCGUUCGGUGGAGGCGGUGGUGGUUUGUUCCCAUUCUUCUAAAUGAAAACACACCCGGAGACUGUAUGUAUGCGGAUAACCGAAACUGCUGAAGAGAAAUGACAAAUACCACGCAUUUAUUCCCCCCUCCCACUACAUUGCCAUCCUUGUGCCUAAUGUUUUGUUACGCUGAAUCCAUACUCGUGUUGUAAGCUAUUUUUAUGUUUAUUUAUGAAUAAAAUAUCGAGUAAAACCCUAAAA